AUGAGCUAUGUGACGUCAGCUCCGAAAAGACUCAUCCCCCCGAACGAUGCAUCAAAGGAAUCAGUUUUUUUAUCAUCAAAGAAGUCAUCAACACCAGCAGUAAUUCCCGUAUCAACUAAUGGAUCUGUGCCAUACAAUGCACCACCGCAACGUCCAAUGAAUAUCGCGCAGAACAAUUGGAAUAGAUCAUCCGGAAUUUUAUCUCAAUCUAACUAUGUGGCAAAUACAAAUUUUCGACAGUCAAAUACUACAUGUGCGGUAAUGUCGCAAAAUGAAACAAUAAAUUCAACGGAUGGUUACGUCGUCCAAUCCGGAACUUAUAAUGGAGUACCAUCGUAUCCACAACAAACACGCCUUGCUGAUUUGCGUUAUUGUGAUACGCCUUAUUAUGACAACGAAUCAGCCAAUAAUACGCAAUCACAUUUGCCUCCGAAUGCUGUAGAUGAACUUUAUCCAGAUAAUUCAACAGGUGACAAGCCGGCAUUAUGUAAGGUGUGUGGCGACAAAUCGAGCGGUUUUCAUUAUGGAGUUACAGCUUGUGAAGGAUGCAAGGGAUUCUUCCGACGUAGUAUUCAAAAGCAAAUGGAAUAUCGAUGUUUGCGAGAUGGAAAAUGUCUGAUACAUCGCUUAAAUAGAAAUCGAUGCCAGUUUUGCCGAUUUAGAAAAUGUCUUGCUGUUGGAAUGUCUCGUGAUUCAGUGCGCUAUGGACGAACACCACGACGUAAGGGAGAUGAAGUGGACAGCGUACCGUCAUGGGAAGAAAUAAUGAAAUUCACUUAUGAUACUUCGGAUAUUACAAAUGCACGUUUGCAAAAUUUUAUAGACCAUGUGACUGAGGCUCAUUUCUCUUGCUGCAAUUACAUGACUAGUACUUUAAAAAAUCUGCAGCCUCGAAUGAUACAUUGUUCUCCAAAUAAUAAAUCACCCUCUGCUACUCGAUACCAGUUGUGGCAUUCCAUAAACGAGGCCUUGUUUGAAGAUUUAGGGCGUUUCAUUGAAUUCGCUAAGCGUGUACCAGGAUUCCUUAACAUCUCUCACAAGGAUCAAAUCUUAGCUGUUAAAACUGCUUUCUUCGAAGUAUGGCUCGUUUGGAUCAGCCGUACCAUGAAUUCGAAAUUAGGAACAUUGACAUUUUCUCAUGGAGUAACUUUUUCCCAAGAACAGCUCAAUAUGAUCUAUGGAUUGUUACUUGUUAAACAAAUGUUUGAUUUUGCUGACCGCUUUAGAAGUUAUAAGCUUAGUGAUUGCCUGCUUGGAUUGUACUGUGCUGUCCUUCUAUUCACACAAGAUAAUAUUCCAAAAUUGGAAAAACCUCACAAAGUACUUAUUUUACGUGAAAGGAUCGUGUACGCACUCAAAUUACAAUUGUCAACAGAACGACCGGCGGAAACUCUUCGACACCAAGUGGCACUUGAUUGGUAUCGCUUACACUUAGACAUGAUUCAUUUACCACAAAUUUUUAUCGAUCUCUACGAUUUGGAGAGUCCAAGAUUAACAUCUACAUCGGAUCUCGAUGAUUCCUCUGUAUCAUUAGAAGCUGAUCCAACGAUGAACGAGGAAGCUGUUAGAAAACGGGAUGUUGAUUUCUCAUCAGAAGAUAGUUCUGAUUAA